CAAAAACUAAAAAAGAACAAUAAAAUCAAAAUUCCAUUCAGUUGUGUGAGCAUCAAUUACAUCGUUGAUUACAAUUACGAAUGAUCAGCGAUCGUUAUCAAAGAAUGCAAUGUCAACAACAACCACAACGUUUAAAACGAAAUUUAACAGCGUUUCGAACGGUUGCAGCCUAGCAGCACUGAAAGAACACAUAACCACGUGUCUACAACGUUGGCGGCAAAAACAUCCUACCACCAAAGGCCACAAAGAACAAUCAACAUCUCAGGAGGAAAAGUGUUUUUGCCACUGUCAGCUAAACUCAAAUAGAUGGUUUGGCAAACACUUUUGCAAGGAGUAUUCCUUUAUACAACGUACCACCGUCUAUUGUAAAUCGUUCAAUACAAAAUUCCAAAAACUGAUCACACCACAACAACGCGCCAACAGAAACAACACUACGACCGUCAACGAUUGUAAGGGCCCUCGUAAAUACGGUCGUAAAGUUGAAAUUGUUGCCAAGUUGUUGUCCACCACGUUGAUAGCCAAGGCGAAGACAUCGGCAACGGAAGAUUUUGGCCAACAAACUGAUGAGAAUAUUUAUAGGUGUUUUGAGGAGGAAAUACACGUUAUACAAAGUACCACCACCUCUUCGACGACUAAUAUUUACGGAGACGCAAUGACUGUAACGGAUUUGACGUUUCUGGAGUUACGUGAAGAGUAUCCCGAUUUGAAUUCGGAAAUACGUAGCAUUUUGACAGCACGUGCUCAAGAGGGUAUGACCAUUUCGCAAAUUCGGGACGACUAUCGUAAAUUAACUGGCUUAGCCUUUCCCAUUUACGAAGAUGUCACCGAAUUUCUACUAACCAUCCCCUACGUCACAGCCUAUUGUACUGAAAAAGGUACGAGAAUAUUCAAUAUUCAACCGAUGGAUAAAACAAAACACAUACACGAUAUGGUAAUGCAACAGAAACCACAGCCAGAACCCUUACAAAGACCUACGGGAAAUCAUAAUUACUAUCGAGAACGUCAGCGUAACAGCAAUUAUCAUCCCUACAAUUGGCGUCACAAUAACAGUCGUAGACUACAACAGAAUCCGACAAAAUUUUAUGUAGAACCGGUAAAUGUAAUAGAAAUUGAGCAACAGCAACAAUUGUUGCCAUCUACCGAUAGUAAUUUGUCCAGAGAUGGUUCGGAGGGUUUCUUUGAAAACAAUUGUUAUUAUCAAGAUAAUUGUAAUUAUUUAUUUAAUCGCAUUUGUAAUCAUCAACAGCCAACUUCAACCUCUCAGCUUAUAGAAAAUCCUCAUUUGGAGCAGGCUCCUCAAACCACAUUAAAACCAGCACCUCUACCACCCACCAAUGCUGGCCCAUCUUCAGCCUUAAAUAAUUUUAAUGUCGAUGUACCGUGCUAUAAAAAUAAUGUUAAUCAUUUGAAUCAUUUAUUUCAACUCCAGCAACAUCAGCAACCAUAUCAACAGAAUGUAAAUAAUGUGGCUACUAUAGACAACAGACGUUCUUCCCUUAAUCCAUAUAAGACUGGUUUGCCCAGAUCAAGUAGAUCAUCAUCUCCUGCCGCCAAAAGUUGGUAUACAAAUGAUUCGGCUUAUACCGAUAGUGAUUAUGAAGCACAUUUGUUGGAUUUUUUACUAUUGGGAGACGAUUUCUUUUUGUAUAUGGCCCGUAUGGAAUUGAGAUGUAAAUUUAAGAAAAAUCAGCGAAUUUUACAAUCCGGCCUUUGUGUCUCGGGUCAAACAAUUGGCGCUGCCAUAAAACGCGUUCGAGCCUUGAACGAUAGCCGUCGCUCUAUUAUUUUAAAUAUUGGCUCGGUGGAUUUAAUGCAGGGAAGACAAUUGAUACAAAUUGAACAUGAUUUUCGGGAACUAAUAUUGACCAUGGUGAAAAAAGGCAUCAAACCAAUAUUAACAACAUUGGCUCCCUUGGCCAACUAUAGCCACAAUAAUGAUGCGAAACGUGUGCUGGAACGACUUAAUGAAUUCAUUAAGAGAGAAGGCCAACAAAGAAAUUUAGUUGUGAUUGAUAUAUGGAAGUGUUUGGUGAAUGAAAAAGGACAUGUGUUUUUCGAUUGCUAUCAGAACGAACCCCGAAAUGUCACCGGCACUACCGAAUCCUAUCUAUUUUGGAAUAAAAUUGGCCGCCAACGUGUCUUACAAUUAAUCGAAUCCAAGUUGGAAUAUUAAAACCAACACACCACAUACAACCUGUGAAAAGAAACUCAAAUGUGAUAUAAACGAAAUAGAAAAAAAACAAAAAAAAAAUGGAUCCAGAUUUUAAGCUGCUUUUAUAAUUUUAAAAAGAUUUCAAAACGCUGUUUUUAACUAAAAGUAAUAUCCAAAAAUUCUAUGUUCUUAAUUUAUGUUGUUUGUCGUUUGAGAGUGUCUGUCCCCCUGAUAUGUCUUGUUAAA